AUACUACAACUCUUUCUACUGUAAAUCAUAUGGCUACAUGUGUAUCAAAACCAAUUAUUGAAACAUCUCCUGUUUUAGCAAAUAUAUAUCAUUCAGAACAUUCUAAUUAUUCUUUUUUUAAUCCAGAAAAUAUUGAAUGGCUUUCUAUUAGACAAUAUUUAAUUACUAGAAUUAAAGGAGCUUUUGAUAUAAGUUAUAAUAUACAAAAAUUAAAUUGGAUAAAAAAUAUUCAAUUUGAAAACCAAGAUCAAAUUGAAUUACUUACAUUACAUAUGUAUGAUGAUGCAAUUGCUGAAUGCAAAGAAGAAAGAUCAAUAAAAAAUAUUAAAAUAAUUAAUGUAAAAAAGCAAAAUUUACAUUCUGUUGAAGAUUAUUUAAAUGCACUAAAGAUGAUUACUUCAAUAGAAUCAUUUCAACCAUAUCUUCAAAAUAAU